CCGCUAUACGCUCCAAAAUGCGAGAGUGGGAGUAACGCAGUACCAAAUGCGAAACGAAACUAGCGAGCUAUAUUCCGUCGAAUAACAUCUGUCACCAAGCGCAACGCGCGAUUCUUUUUCUCCCUCUAUAAGUACUCCCACACGCGAAAGAGCAGUGAUUUCAGGCUCUCUGUAUCCCACGUAUAUUGCAACGUGUGUAAACGCACGGAGAGUACGAGUAUAUAUAUAGGUAUAUGGACACGGCAAUGACAUACGGCGCGCGCGUGUGACUUCCUAAAAAGAAACGCGCGACUGCAGCAGCAGCAUAGCACACGCGUGUCUCUCUCUCUCUCUCUCUCUCUCUCUCUCUCUCUCUCUUUCGCCGCCGCCCGACAGUAUAGCAUACACAGUUUCAGAGAGCGCGGCGCUCGGUGUAGACGACCUUUUCGGGCUCUAAGCUAUAUAGCUAUAUCUUUCUCUCUCUCUCUCUCUUCUCUGCUCACUCGAAAUAGGAGAAAUCAGAGGCUGCGCGCAGCGGCAGCCAAAGAGACGAGCACGAGAAGAGCAAAAACUGCUGCUGCAGUGGAGAAGGGAGCAAACUGCGUCUCUGUACAGCCCGAAACAUCACCAUGAGUUCAGGUAGACCAAUCAAGUGCGUGGUUGUGGGAGAUGGCACAGUGGGAAAAACUUGUAUGCUGAUAUCUUACACGACGGACAGCUUUCCUGGAGAAUACGUGCCUACGGUGUUUGACAAUUACUCUGCACCAAUGGUAGUGGAUGGUAUUCCAGUAAGCCUUGGCUUAUGGGAUACAGCAGGUCAAGAAGAUUACGACAGGCUCCGACCACUCUCUUAUCCACAGACAGAUGUGUUUCUCAUUUGUUUUUCCGUGACAAGUCCAUCAUCGUUUGAGAAUGUCACCAGCAAGUGGUAUCCAGAAAUAAAACAUCACUGUCCAGACGCACCAAUGAUUCUUGUGGGAACCAAAAUUGAUCUGCGAGAUGAUCGUGAAACAUUAACUGCCUUGGCUGAACAAGGGCUCAGUGCCAUUAAACGUGAACAAGGACAGAAAUUAGCUAAUAAGAUUCGAGCUGUUAAAUAUAUGGAAUGUUCUGCUUUGACACAACGUGGCUUAAAGCAAGUGUUUGAUGAGGCUGUUCGCUCAGUACUUCGACCUGAACCCCAAAAACGCAGACAACGAAGGUGCAUCGUGAUGUAAAUUCAAAAGUUGAAACAGGCAAGAGCAAAAUUAUGCAAAAAUAACAACAUAAUUUAAACAAGCAUUUACAACUUUAAGUUAACUAUUGAGAGAGGGCACAAACUUUGAAAACUACUAAUGUUUCAUUGACGUUACUGUUGAAAUGAUAGUUUACAGUUAAAUCUUUACUAUUUUGAUUAGUUUACAUUUUCCAGGUUUAUUGGAAAAUCGACAAUGGUACUAAUCUUAUGAGAUUUUUAUAAACGUAACUUUAUAAAUUCCUCUAUACUUCUUUUUGUAAAGUAUUUUGAAAACAUUUUCCAUUAUUUACGAAGAAUUAUACACAGUACAGAAUGUUUGAGAAAUUUUGAGAAAACACGUUUCUUUUUUCAAAAUUUCUUUAAACACGUUUUUCAGAAAUGCCUUUGAAUUUCAUGUAAAAAAAAAACAAUCGAAGUACGAUAAACAUUAUUCAGGGAACUUCGAGAUUGAUUGGAAGGAUUUUAUCCUACUGGGAACUCUAUUUACAAAGCACAAGAUAGUACGAGUGACGAUAAGUUCUUAUUUAGAACCGCGAUCGUUCAAAACAAUUGUUCAGCGCUCCGAUUACGCUACGCUUAAUAGGAAUUUUUCUCAUCUUACCCGCGCGCAAUACUGCCAUAUACGUAUAUACGCAAACGAAACUGAAUCUCUACAAAUGCCAUAAACAAGACUAAUUCAAGAACUAUUCCAGGUGCAAUAUUCUUUUUUCUUUUAUAACAACUGAUAUACAAUGAUGCGUGAUUUUUCCAAUCAAACCACAUAAAAACUUCUAAUUUUACGUGUUUAACUUAUUAAACUAAAUAAUUAACUACAGUGAUUAGGAAUACUCUCUAUAUUGAAAACAAUAUUCAUAAGUCGUAAUAAAAAUCAUCAUUGUAUGUUGGUUAGAAAUAAUAGCUAAUAUUACACUUGCGAAUUUUCUUUUGCAAAUACGCAUUCAUACACUUUAAGACCGUAAUGGAGAUUUGGAGUGCAGACGAUAACGAUAAAACGUGAAAGUAAAAUGAUUAAUUAAAGUCGUGGUAUCAUGCAGAUUACCGAGUGACAGUCAAUGGACUACGUAACACGGGUGUCAGUGUACGGACUUACCUCAUUAUUUUACAAAAGUACUAAUAAUCAAAAUAAAGAUAAAGAUUAUAUGUAUAUGAAUUAACAAUACCAUGUAUAAGUAGAUAAAGAAGGGGCUAGAUUCGGUACCAGAGUCACUGUCAAUCUUUAAAAAGGCAGAUUUUGAUGUUUGCAUUUAUAAAAAAAGAAUCUAAAGAUGAUGUUACCAUAAUUUUUUAAACUUUACCUCACCGUGAUAUGUGAAUGUCUCAAAUACAAAAGAAGUUCCGUCUAUACACUCUUUCGAAACGCUACUCUUAGAUUAGUACCUGCGCUAAAUUAACAAAAUCUGCUUUAGAUGCGUGCAAGAUCAAAUGCAACUCCUCGACCGAAUCCCCUUCUUUACGUAACAAAGCGGUCCGAGGUAAAAAAAAGUCAAGCACAAAAAAAGACAGGGAGUUUGAGAAAGGGUGAAUUAAAGAAAAAAUAAAUAACUUACUGUUGUUACAAAGAGUGAAAAGGAAAAUCAAUCAAUGAUAUUUACCAACCGUUGCAACAAUAAAAUUUUAAGUGUUAUAAAGCCAUUAAAGAAAAUAAAAUAAUAACUCGAAGAAAAGAGAGACAAUUUUCGCGAGGUUACUAGGACGACGCUGAACGAAUUCCUCGACGUGCUAUUUUUUAUAUUAACAGAGGCUUAGGAUUAGAGAAAGGAAUUAAACGAAAAGCGUGCCAUAUGCUUUCCAGUUUGGAAGAAAACGACGAAGGUCUAGAUGAAAACAAAAAAGGGGGAAGGAAUCAUUAGAGAAACAAGUAUUGUGUGCUAUGUUCUAUUCGUGUGUAUAAUUACCGUAAAGUAGAGAGUUGUGGGUGGAAUUAAACCAGAAGAUGAAAAAAAAACGAUAAAACUAAUGCCUAGUACGAGAUGACGAAUAGAAUAACUGACGCUUGUUAGAUGUAUAUAAUGUAGUAUAGAAAAAAAGCAGAGAAUCUCUCUUCUUUGUACUUUACAGCGCAGAGACGCCUGAUCGUUUUACUCGUUUGGCAUUAUUAUUACGUAAUUACGUAUGUACUAUUAUUGUGGGGAAAAAAUUGAGGAACAGCACAACUUAACGAACGAAGCAUUUACGACUGACUUUUUUUACUUAAAAAGGGAAAACUUUUUUGAUAUUUUUUAUCUUAGCAGACAGUUUUUUAUACACGGAGACUACGAGGUCUGUAUGAGCGAGCAGCUAAAACUUAAUUCUUAAGGAUAGUUUGACGACGAUCAAGCCUAAAUUAAUUAAGUAUGGUCGUUAUAAGUGAUGGAGAAGGUCGCUUGAGUUUUGUCACAUAUCUGUAACGGACGUGGGCACGGCCUUUUGAUUUUCAAAUCGAUUGGCUGCUGCUGCUUUCGGUCUUACGUAUACAUAUAUGUCGUGGUUUCGUCGUUAUAAUUAUUGGAAACCAUGAGAUGUGCCCACGUCCGGUGUGUAAUUACGUUCGUGUAAUUACGAAUCUCGAAGUGUAAUGCGAGUUGAGAAUGUAUUUAAUUUUAAUCGAUACGACGAAUGAACGCAUUUGCGAAAUAAGAAAUAUUGGUUCGUGCUAUAUAUUCGCAGCUAAGAGCAAUCUCGAAGGAAUUGCCAUAUGAUCAUUAUUAUUACUAUUGAUAUUAUGCUUUAUUCGUUCUUUCUAUUUUUCGUUUGUUUGGAGAGCAAAAAUCAGUAAUGCGAAAAAUUGCUGUAAACCAAAGUCUUUUUUUUGUAUGUCUAUACUAUCGUUAAUUUCGUCCUCUUUUUGUAAUGGGCUGCCCCGCAGAUUAUUAUUCCACGUAACGAACUGUCGAUUGUAAGAUAUUCUAGUCACCGAGAAAUCUGUUUCUGACAACCUCUUUUAUUACAUUUGUAUUAUGAAGACAGGACGAAAUUGUAAGGGAAAACGUCGGUAAACAUUACAUUUUUUAUUUAUUUCACCGCUAUACGUCUUUAUAAGUUUUAUAUCAAAAACUAAAAAUAUCAAAAUAGAAGUUUUAGAAUAGCAUUUUUUAUUUUACACCAACUUACUAUAAACAAUCACAUCAGCGUUUUAAAACAAUCUCACCGACGUUUUCGUUUACGAGAAGCUUUAUUGUAUUUAAGAAUUCAAGAUUCAACGAAAUCACGCCUCAAGGCUUGAGCUUCGGCCUAUACCUAACAAUUAAAAAAAAAAGUAAGCAUUUUGUGUGUGAAAAAGACUUUUGAAAGAAAUUGUUUUUUCUUCUAUUAAUUCUAAGUGUGUACAUGCCGAUGUCUGACUAUUUUCCUAUAUCUACUAACGCAAUUGAUUCGACUGCGAGAAGCAACGCGCAGGCAUUAUGUACUUUCGGAAGGGAAGAAGUCGCGUUUCCAUUUCUAUUAUAGUUCGUACGAUACUUAUCCAAACUCAACUGAGGUUGCUGUGCUUGUUCGACUAAUUGAAAAAUACUCAUUCAAACUGAUUACGUCGGUGAAUCAUAGAUUAUUAUCAAAGGAGGCGUGAAUCUAAUUUUGUAUGUUUUUUCUUUCUGUACGUACACAGUCGAUAACCGAGAGGCAAGUUUUUGUAAGUUGUGUCUGCGUCAAAGCUUUCGAAGAGGAAGCUCACGUGCGCAAUUGUGUAUUUCAAACGUUGUGUACUUCCGACGAUGCUUUAUGUUUCAUUUUCAUUUCUCACGAGAUCUGAUAAUGUUAAAUAAGAGGGACAAUGCGAUCAGUCGCGUUUGUGAGACACAUGUUUAUUACAUGACACUAGGAAGCAUUUAUUUUUUAUUUAUAAUGUAUUUUCAAAGAAAUUUUUAUUGAAAUAAACUCUAAGACUAUUGUAACUACA